CGAGGUCCUUCUUAGUCAAGGACGCAGCCGCCUCUAUGAGGCCCUCUUUUCCGCCACCGCCGGUACCGGUUCGGGAUGAGUGUGUGGAGCUAUCACCGCUGAGGGUGUCUGGACCCGAAACUACUCCAGGGUCGGGCAUGGGGAUGACUGGGGGGUCAGGAGGCGGAGGGAUUUGGUUCUUCUCCGAGCGGCUGAGGUUGCCCCUUUGCUGUCUGGGUGUCUUCGUCUGCUACUUCUGGUACGGCGUCCUGCAGGAGACAAUUACAAGAGGCAAAUAUGGGGAAGGAGCAAAACAGGAGAAAUUCAGAUAUGCUCUAUCUUUAGUCUUUAUUCAGUGUGUGAUCAAUGCCAUUUUUGCUAAGUUAUUGAUCCAGUGUUUUGAAGCUGUCAAGGUGGACCGGACUCGGAAUUGGCUCUACGCAGCUUGCUCUCUCUCCUACCUGGGAGCAAUGGUGUCCAGCAACUCAGCGCUUCAGUUUGUCAACUACCCAACUCAGGUCCUUGGAAAGUCCUGUAAACCCAUCCCAGUCAUGCUCCUGGGGGUGACAGUGCUGAGGAAGAAGUAUCCAUUGUCCAAAUACAUGUGUGUCUUGCUGAUAGUCACAGGCGUGGCCCUGUUCAUGUACAAGCCAAAAAGUGGAGGAAGUGUCGGUGAUGAGCGUGUUUUUGGAUAUGGGGAACUCCUGCUGUUGCUGUCUUUGACACUGGAUGGACUAACUGGGGUGUCUCAAGACCAUAUGAGAGCCUACUACCAGACUGGUUCCAAUCAUAUGAUGUUAAAUGUUAAUCUGUGGUCCACUUUGUUCCUGGGUGCUGGUAUUUUGUUUACAGGUGAGGUCUGGGAAUUCUUGAGCUUCACUGAGCGUUAUCCUUCCAUCAUCUAUAAUAUCCUUCUCUUUGGCCUGACCAGUGCUCUGGGUCAGAGUUUCAUUUUCAUGACUGUGGUCUAUUUUGGGCCUCUGACCUGCUCUAUUGUCACCACGACUCGCAAGUUCUUCACCAUUUUGGCUUCCGUCAUCCUAUUUGCCAAUCCUAUCACCAACUUGCAAUGGGUGGGCACCAUCCUGGUAUUCCUUGGACUUGGCCUGGAUGCCAAAUUUGGGAAAGCAUCAAAGAAAACCUCACAUUAAGAAGACUUUUGGUGUUUCUCUUGAAAACCUUAAGCCUAAGGAACUAUUAACUUAUUGUCUUAUUUCCCAAUACUGGGAAUUGGACUCAAGAUGAGUGCUUGGGAAAGGGGAUAUGAUAGGGAGGGACUGUUUUUAUUCAAAAUGUGUUUGAUUUUUUUAAAUGGUGGCUUUGUUUUACUAAAGAUCAAAGAAGUUAACUUUUCCAUAUCUACUGAGGAAUCAGAACUGUGGUUGAUGGAUGGCAAAAAUAAAUUCCUGAUGGAAUAGGAGGAAUGCUUCAUAUGAAAUAAAAGGAGGGGAGAGAGAGAAAUCUCCAUGUUCAUGUUUUUAAAUUUACUUUCCAUCUCUGUGUGUUGAGGGGGAGAUGUUUGUUUAGUUUUUUAUUUAUACAAAAACUUGAAUACUGCCUACCCUAGAGCCUCAGGGCAGUUUAGCAGUAACCAUAAAUAUCCAUCAUAGGAUAAAACAAUCUCCACAGACCAACCAAUCAAAAACCACACACAUACUAUAAAAUAAAAUAAAACAUAAUCAGAUAAAUUAAAAGUAAGCACUGUGAGUCUUCUUCCAGCAAGAGGUGUUUUAUAUUAGUUUGGUAGCACAGCUUAUGGUAAAUCCCUGGAUUGAAACUACUUCAUGGAGGAGCCCUGUCCCUCCAGAAGACAAUUGAGAUAUCUACCCAAUGUUACACUCACACCAUAAUGCUAAAUCAGUCAUUUUAUAACUGUGGUUUAUAGAACAAUCCAUCAUGGCUUGGACAGUCAUAGUAGAUUAGUUCCUAUGUCACACUAAGCCAAAAGCAAAUUAGUCACGUUACGCUUUAGCAUUUGUUUGGUGGAGUUCUCUUCCUAGAUAAGCGUGCUCAGCGUCAGCCCGGCUCAUUUAAGUCCCAGGGGGAAGAUGUGCCAGGAAGUUCCUCUGGGGACUGCCUGAUGGGCUUGGACAAUUUGGUGCCUUCCAAGUUCAUCUCCUGGUUUUGUCAUGCAGCAAUAGAAGGGACUGUCCUGGCUGUAUUCAGAAGAAUUGAGCCAAGCAACCAGGCUUCAGCAAACUUUCCAAGCAGCAGUCACCAUCAUGCAAUCUUGCCAACGUCACUCACACCCACAUAUUUUUUACAAAAUACAUUUUUAAAAAUGGUUGAGAUCUCAAGAGAUCUUUUAAGAUUUGGCUAUAUUUUAACAUUAUUAAAGUUACAAUUUUAAUAAUUUCUUAAACUAUGAAAAUUAUUUGAGUCAGAUCGCUGAGCCCUAAGGUUAUGCAAAAUGCUCUGUGCUUGGACUGUUCCAUAUAUGGAACAGUUGGCUUUGGAUGGUCCGUGCCCAAACCAAUGCAUUUGUUUCAACGCUUCAGUCCAGGAGUGAAACACAGAAUUGGGUCAGGGAAGAGAGAAAACAGGCAAAAGUCAAGGAUGUCAACAGCAGGGGUUGAGGGAAGGCAGGGGAGUGUGGGAAGGGAACGCAUGGGGAAAUUGUGGGGUGGGCAGGCUGGAAGAAUGUGCUGUGCUGGGAGCCUGAUCAGGGAAUGUGAUUUCAUAUUCUAUGAGAGCAUAUUCUUGUGUCUAAAUGUGAGUUUCUGUUAAAAGAACUGGGGGCGUAUUACCAGAAUUAAAGACAACUUGGUAGAA